AUGAAUUUCCAAAGCAUAAACCCUUUAAAUGUUCGCAUAAACAUUAUUUCGGGUAAUUUAUUACCUUUGUCAGAAGAUGAUUCGCGUUUUUCUAUAACGUGGAAAAUGUACAGCGUCUUUGUAUGGCUGCUUGAAAUAAUUCAAGCGAUUGUAUUAAUUCCCGGGAUUAUGUUUGUGUCGCGAGAGAAGAUCUUGAAAGACGGUACAGUUACUUGCGUGGUCACCAUAGAGGUGUUCUUUAUGGUCAUGAGGAUUCAAGCCCGCAGAAAGCUGAUGAAUCAAUUGAUUAAAAAAUUAAACAAUAUUUUAUGUGUUGCGGAUGAGACCAUGAAAAAUGUUGUGAUCACCACCUUAAAACCUAUGGAAGAUCCACUCAAAUUUUAUUUGGUAGCUGGCUGGUUGGCCGUCUUCAUAUGGUGCUGUUUACCGUUUCUAUUAACCUUCGAGAAGGUUGCCUUUUUUUACGAGGAUUAUAGGAUACCAGCAAUUUUUUCCAAGCAACCUUUCUCAAUCGAUGUCUUCCUAAUAGGGAGCGUAUUUUUGCUGAUGAGUAAUGUAUAUAUUUUUGUGAAAAAAGUUGGGGUAGAUGUUUAUAUGAUACAUCUAGUGCUGCUGAUAACGGCGCAAUAUCGAUAUAUCGCUACGAAGCUCACGACAAUAUUUCGAGAUGGAAAUCAGCAAAAUGAAUUCGACGAUUCUCGCCAGGAAUAUCGGUUUAAGGAUCAGUGGAUAAAAAAAGAGAUGCAAGCAUUAUGUCGGCAUCACAAUUCUGUCAUUCACUUAUCUUCUAUGCUUAAAAGAUUACUAUCUCUGAACUUUAGUAUGAUCUAUGUGAACAGCGUCUUACGAUUUUGCUUCAUUGGUGUUAUGUUAAGUACAGUAUCAUCAACAACUUUUCUGGAAGGUUCCUCGAUCAUUAUGUUUGCAUGUGGCUCAAUAGUUCAAUUCUACAUGUUGUGCUUUUGCGUCCAGCAAUUAAUGGACGCGAGCACAAAAAUAACGGAUGAAGCAUUUCACGAAAAAUGGUAUCAAUUUGGACCAUCUGUAAAACGUACAUUCAUGUUGAUAAUAUUAGGUAAUAAUUUAGGAUGCAAACUUUCCAUGUGCGAUAAAUUUAAUCUAUCUUUGCCCUCAUUCAUGACGAUUUUAAAUCAAUCAUAUUCGAUCGCUCUUCUGCUCUUAAGGGUGAACUGA